AUGGAAUCGAAAUCGGUAGCAAUCAUUGGAGCAGGUCCUAGCGGUUUAGUAGCUGCCAACGUACUUUUGAAAGCUGGUUUCAAUGUGACUAUAUUCGAACGGGGACGACAUAUUGGUGGUAUUUGGUGUGAAGAUGCUGCUUACAUCGAUUUACAUAGUCAACAACUUGGAGGUACAAUAGAAUUUUCUGAUCUAUUUGAUGGCGAAGAAUUUGCUUCCUGGCAACAUAUUCAUGAUUAUUUAAAACAAUACGCAGAUCAUUGUCAUCUAACUGAAUGUAUUAAAUUACGAACACGUGUCAUCGAAAUAAAUAAGAAAAAUUUGAAAGAUACAAAUAUUCCAUGGCAAAUCAAAGUGGAAAAGUUCGAUGGUCAAUAUGAGAUAUAUGAAUUCGAUUUUCUCAUCAUAGCUACAGGUCUUUUCAAUGAACUGUACAUGCCACAUAUACGUGGCCAAGAAAAAUUUACAGGAACGAUCAUUCAUGGUCAUAGUUUAAAAUCGCAUAAACAACUUAUUGACAAACGUGUCGUAAUCAUUGGUGGUGGUAAAUGUGCUGCAGAUUUAGCUUCAACUUGUGGUUCGUACGCUCGUAGUUGUCACAUUGUUUUACGACGUGCUCAUUGGAUGUUACCACGCACAUUUGCAGGUGGUUUAUUGCCAGCACGAUAUCUCCUUACACGUCUUUCUUACGCUAUGUAUCCACCAUUUCCUGGUGCACCUCAUUCGAAACUAUUUCUAUAUUUUCAUCGUAGAUUUUCACGCUUAUUAAAAUUCAUCAAUGACAAGAUUUCUGCUGAUAUAAUCGCUAUUAAUGGACCAGAUUUAUAUGAUGAUAAAAUAUUUCUACCGAAUAAUUCGUUUCUUAAUGCUGAAAAUAUAUACGUCAUACCAGAAGAUUUUAUUCAACUCAAACAACAAGGUCGUAUUAUAGGGAAAUUAGAUUCUAUCGACGAAAUUAUUGAUUCAACAACCAUACGACUCAAAUCAGGUGAACAUUUACAAGCGGAUAUGAUCAUAUGUGCAACCGGUUUUAUCAAUAGGUUUCCAUUCUUUUCUGAUACUGAUGCGAAAAUAAUGGGUCUACCGACGAUGCAAACAUCGACACAAUCAAAUAUUGAAACUGAUCUUUAUUUGUAUCGACGUGUUAUACCCGUUGGAGUACCUAAUGUGGCCUUUGUUGGCUAUGUAUCAUGUGCAACACAUUGGAUGGUGAGCGAAGUAGCCAGUCAUUGGGUAUCAGAGUAUUUUUAG